AUGGGCAUGUUCAACUACUUCACAACUAUAUCUCUCCUACUCUACCAAGUGGCAGCCACAAGCACACCGACCGCUCAAACCCUCAACGGAACCUACAGUGGCCUCUAUUCCCAAUCCUUCAACCAAGACUUCUUUCUCGGUAUUCCAUACCUUCAAGCCCCCGUCGGCAACAGACGCUUCCACCCAGCAGACAGCCUUACCAGCGCCUGGAAUGGAACUGUCGCAGCAACAUCCUACGCACCGUCAUGUGUCGGAUAUGAUACCUCCGUUGACGUGAGCGAAAUGGCUGAAGACUGCCUCUAUCUCAACGUGAUCCGACCUCAUGCUGUCUCUGACUCUGCCAAGUUGCCUGUUGUCGUCUUCCUGCACGGUGGUGGCUUCUGGGGUGGCAGUGCCAGCGAGAGCCGCUACAACCUCUCCUACAUCGUUGACCAGUCAACCAAGCUAGGUCAACCGAUUCUGGCCAUCAGCUUCAACUACCGUCUCAGUGCUUGGGGAUUCAUGUACAGCAACGAAGUCAGGGACACCGGCGCUACCAACAUCGGUUUACGAGACCAACGCUUUGCACUGGCUUGGAUUCAGGAGAAUAUCGCUGGGUUCGGAGGCGAUCCGGCUAAGGUCACGCUCUGGGGACAAGAUGCCGGCGCAUCUAGUAUCGGAUUCCAGAUCACGGCAUAUGAAGGCCGAAAUGACAGUCUUCUGCGCGCUGCGAUCAUGGAGAGCGGGAAUCCAACACCAAUUCAAGGCCUGAACGGUACGCAAUACUACCAACCUAUGUACGAUGCCAUUGUGCAGCGGGUCUCGCCUUCUGCUGCGUAUGCGGCUGAGAAUGGCAUGUCGGGUAGCAAUACCUGUUUUGAAGCGACGGAUCGGAUGAAUUGUCUUCGGAAUGUCAGCUUCUCUGAUAUCAAUGAGGCGAUUAACUCGACGAACCCGAGAGGAUGGUUUCCAGUUAUUGAUGGGAAUAUCGUGACGCAGCAGGCUAGUCGGUCUUUGUUUACGAAGAAGUAUCUUGGGGUUCCUAUCAUCCUAGGUGCGAACACGGACGAGGGUUCGUUUUAUAUGCCGGAUAGCAAGAUUACGACUGAUGCUGAGUUUGUGGAUUUGAUUACAAACCCCCAAUCCUACAAUGUAGCUCCGGGAAUCGCCCUCCCGAAGGUACUGGUCAACCAGCUAGCAAAAGCGUACUCCAACGUAUCAUCCUCGCCAUACAUCAAAGCAAAAAUCUACCAAAGCGACGCUACAAUCAACGCAAACCGUAGACAAGCCUGCCAGGUCUACGCCAAAGCCGGUAUCCCCACAUACUGCUACCGCUUCAACGUCCCCGUGUCAGGGCAUUUUACUGCUCAGCAUGGAGAUGAGCUGCCAUACGUAUUCAAUAAUGCCCAGAGCUAUGUUUCGGACAAGUCUCGGGCUCAACUGGCCACUGACAUGACUAGCAGCUGGGUGAGUUUCAUCGCGACAUUGGAUCCAAAUGCGUGGAAAAAUAAAACGAACGCUUCCGCUUCGAGUGUCACGCCUACGUGGCCCCGGUAUGUCUAUGGAAAUGCGCGGGAGAUGGUUUUUGAUGAGGAUGGGAAGAGUCAUGUUGAAAGUGAUAAUUGGAGGGUUACGCAGGUUAGCCUGAUUAAUGGGCCUUCGGGGAUUGCGGUGGCGUAUCAGAGGUAA